CUGGCUGGGCGAGGCCAAACAGCCCGAGUCUUCCAUCCUCAGAGGUUGCUUGGGGAGUGCUGAGUCCCGGCCAGACAGCCCAAGUGAGUCCCCCUUCCCCUUCCCCGGGGACAGCUGGCUGAGACGACCAGGUCCCUGGGGCCGCGAUGAUUUCCUUCGCGCCUCUCUCGGUGCCGCUGGAGCGGCGGCUGCAGACUCUAGCUGCGGUUCAGUGGCUUUUCAGUUUCCUGGUUUUGGGCAUAGUCUGCACAAUCGUCUUCAUUGGGCUCUUCUUCACCCGCUUUUGGUUCCUCGGCAUCCUCUAUUCAGCCUGGUGGUACCUGGACAGAGACACCCCAAGGAAAGGGGGGAGACAGAUUCAAACCGUAAAGCGAUGGCGUAUAUGGAAAUACCUGGCAGACUACUUUCCUAUCUCCCUCAUCAAGACAGCAGAGUUGGACCCGAGCCAGAACUAUAUUGCUGGCUUCCACCCGCAUGGCGUUCUGGCUGCCGGAGCCUUCACCAACUUCUGUACUGAAGGCACUGGUUUUUCUUCUGCGUUUCCUGGGAUCCGCUCCCAUCUGAUGAUGCUGACUUUGUGGUUCCGAAUUCCCAUCUUCAGGGAUUAUAUCAUGAGUGGAGGUCUAGUCACAUCAGAGAAGGAGUGUGUCUCAUACCUGCUGAGCAAGAAGAGAGGUGGAAACUUGCUGGUGGUCAUUGUGGGAGGGUCCCAGGAGGCCCUGGAUGCUCGUCCUGGAAGCUACACACUACUACUGAGGAACCGGAAAGGAUUUAUUAAACUUGCUUUGCUUCACGGGGCAGCUCUGGUGCCGAUAUUCUCCUUUGGGGAGAAUGAACUCUUUGACCAAAUUGACAAUCCCCAGGGGUCCUGGCUACGCUGGAUCCAGGAGAAACUGCAGAAGAUCAUGGGCAUCUCCCUCCCACUCUUCCACGGUCGAGGGAUCUUCCAGUACAACUUUGGCCUGCUCCCGUACCGGCAUCAGAUCACUACUGUGGUGGGGAAACCCAUCAAGGUGGAGCAAAAUAUGAACCCAUCCCAAGAGGAGGUGGACUGUCUGCACCAGCGUUACAUGACAGAACUAUGCAACCUCUUUGAAGCCCACAAGGUCAAAUACGACGUACCCCCAGAGCAGCACCUGGAGUUCCGAUGAGCCCACCACCUCCCAUGCUCCCCCUAUGCCCCAUCCUCGGAUGACAUCACAAGACAACGAAGCCCUGAUUAGCAACUGUGGUGCCUAUAGCAGCAGAAGAAACAAUUCAUAUCCAUCUUAUUCAUACUUAGAGGAUCCUAGAUUUAGAGGAUAGAGAGUCCAACCCCUUAUUUUACACAUGAGGAAAUGGAGGCCCAGAAACACGAAGU